GUAAAAUGACAUGCGCUAUACAACAACAAAUAGUAGAACGGAUUUGUUUGUCGCACACAGGGUGAAGGUCAGGUUGUGUGCAUUGUUUGAAGGAUGUAUACAUCCUACUAAAUUUACAUACAAUGCCCAGUAUAUAUACAAUCUACUGCAGAGACACUAAAAGCAGUACAGUAGUAUACAAUUCUGGAACAUAAUUCUUAAACCAGAAUAUCUGUUUGUGGUGUGAAUGAGGGCAGAGAUCCUAGUGGCGCCGUCUAGUGGAAGUGAAGCAUCACACAAUAGGAAACAAGCAGCGAAAUGAUCUUAAAAUGUCAGGUGGAUUAUGAAUGGUCCUUAUCUGGCUUCUCCUCUCUCUUCCCUUGACAAACAACCUUCCUGCCAACGACACAUCAUUCAUAAGAUGGGAGAGGCUGAACAAGAGAUAUAUCCAGAUGAUGCUGGUCAUGUGUGAUCCUCUACAGGUGUUUGGCGUGGAUGGGGUGAAUUUCAGCGUGCACGUGGAGAACCAGACUCGUGCACGAGACGCCAUGAGUCGACGACAUCAUCGGGUGUACCAGCUGUACAGCCGCACCAGUGGGAAGCACGUCCAGGUGCUGGGACGCAAGAUCAGCGCGCGCGGAGAGGACGGAGACAAAUAUGCCCAGCUCGUAGUGGAGGCCGACACCUUCGGCAGCCAGGUGCGAAUUCGAGGGAAGGAGACCAACUUUUACCUGUGUAUGAACCGCAGGGGGAAGCUUGUGGGCAAGGCCAGCAAUCGCAACGAGGACUGCGUCUUCGUGGAGAAAGUUUUGGAAAACAACUACACUGCUCUUAUGUCAGCUCGCUACACGGGCUGGUACGUGGGCUUCACUAAAAGGGGUCGUCCUCGCCGUGGCCCCCACACGCUUCCCAAUCAGCAGGACGUUCACUUCAUGAAACGCUUCCCGCCCGGAGAGCAGCCGGACCUCACGCCGUUCCGCUAUACAACCGUCAGCAAGAGGACCAAGAGAGUUCGCGCGGCACGGCCACGCUAACGCCGGAACCCCUAGAAAAAGGACUAGAAACGAACAAAGAGACCAUCCUACAUCACAGCCCAGCAAAAGCUGCUUACCCAAAGCAGGACUGGAUGUGGUAGGACGGUCCCGCCUUACGUUCCUAUCCGUGAUAGCAUCACUCCAUAUUCCACUAGGUUGAACCUCGUGCGACCCUACUCAUAAACACCAGCUGAUUUACACCAGAGCUGUGGUUUACAACAGCUCAUUUAUGACAUGGAGAAAACUAUAACCAAAGUAAACACAACUGUACGGGCAGAGGAAGCAUUAGACUGCUAAUCCAGCCGGCGACCCACAAUCCCACAACGGAGAAACGAUCCUCCCAACGCUAAACAAAACACAACCACACUGGCCUAUAGACGCUGAUCGUGUUGCAAUUUUCCUAAGACAAGACUUCCAACGCUGGACGUCAUCCCGCCUGAGGGAGAGGGGCAGAUAGCCCAGAAGCUGUAGAAGUCGUAAAGGGACACGAAUUGGAAUGGGAGAGAAACAAAUAUGAGAGAAAGUCGACUGCUGGAAGCUCCUUCUGAUAAGACCUGCCUUACAGGAAACAUUCACUUUAAAUAUCAAUUACAUGCCAUGAUUUACUCGCCCUCAUGUCGAUGCGACUCGUGAGAUCUGCUUCAUUCUGUGGAAAAUAAAAGGAGAAUUUUUGAAGAAGCCUUUCACAGAUUCAUACACUAGUGGCCAAAAGUGAUGAGGUUGUAUUGUACAAAAUGGACAAAAAAACGAAACUUAGAAUUAUUCAGCAAAAGGCAAACUACAGCAUAUCAAGGAAUGUUGGUUUUAUCAAAGAUCAAAAAAAUGCAUAGAAACACAAAAAGCUGAUAUAAAAUAAAGCAAACAUCGACUAGAGUUUUACGGGUUAUUGAUAUUUUGUUAAUCUCGUCAUUCUCUUGGGUUUUGACUCAAUAAGCUGUAUACAUGUAUUUUAAUAUUUUUAGCCUCAACACACACUGAAAAUGAUUCAUCUAUCUUUGAUCAAAUAUUUUUAAAAAGAGCAAAGAUGUCAAAUUUCCAAAGUGGGACAUCACUUUUGGCCACUACUGGAAUGUAUUCAUCUCAAUAACCCAGUACAACAUAAUUCACAUGCGUUUAGCCACAAGAAGCAAGGAAAAGACCCAUUUUUUUUUAGAGCAGCUUCUUCUCCGUUUCACUAUAUGCAUCUCAUUGCAACACAUCCAAUCGCAUUUGAAUGCUGUUUUUCCCCCUUCAUGACCUAAUAUUUGAAACGAGUAAAUAAUGACAUUAUUUUAAUAUCUGAGUGAACGGUUUCUUUAAAGCUAAUGAAUGAAUGGAUGUAAUGCUGUAUAGGUGCGUGUACAUGUGUGUGUAAUUACAUAACAUAAUAUUUUUGGUUACAUCAAGACCACGGGGGAUACAAUCACACAAAAGACGGCCAUUACUGGGACGGAUAGAAUUUACUACAACUGGAAUGUCAAAGCUGCACCAAAUACUAUUGACCAAAGACACGUGGUAACCAAUGACAGUACAAACCCUUCACGCUGCUCCCACGAGAGAAGAGCGGGGGGGAAGGGGAUGGGGGGUUGCCACGAAACGACACGAGGAGCAACGUUCCUGUUUGGGUCCAUGUGGAAUGCUGCUACUGGAAAAUUUAAUGGAGAACCAAAGUCUUAUACCAGCUCAUUAAAGGGAAACCAUUAAAAACCUUUUUUUUCCUAAAUAUAAAUAUAUGAAAAGUAUCUAUAAAGAUAAAUGCCGACUAAGUGAUAUAACUCUGACUGCUACUUUCAUUGUUGUUACUAUAAAAGAAUUUCACUUAUUUAUUUUAUCUCUGCGUAUGGCAAAAAUCUUUCCAAAGCCAGUAAGCUCUAAUGAAAUGUGUCUGUGUUU